AUGGACGCAGCCGCCAUUGGCCUAGACGCCGCCGACAAAGCAUCGUCCUCACAUGCUCAAUCAUCGCCGCGACAUGUGCGACGACCAGAGGCCCGCUCCAACGACAGCACCUCGGGCACCUCGAGCGCAAUAGCCUCCCUCACCUCGCAGUCCACCCUCGACACCAUGUCCACCAGGCUGGAUUUGUCACCCACCGAGAAAGAGGCCCGCAAGGGCUUGCUGCGCGAGACCGUCUUCGAGCAGUGGAAGGACGAUGCGAGCGGCAUCGAAGCACACAGCCCCGAAGAAAUGCAGAAGAACGAUCCACUGGGCACUCAGAUAUGGAAACUCUACCAUAAGACCAAAGGCCAGCUGCCGAACUCAGAGCGCCUCGAGAACCUCACGUGGCGGAUGAUGUCCAUGAACCUGCGACGUAAAGAACUCGAACGACAAAAACUGACUCGGCGCCCGCCCGCCCAAAACGGCCCCAGUGGAAUCGCUCAACUUCGCAAGUCGUCGGAACAGCAGCAGGCGACCUCGUCCCACGAAAGAUCCGCUGAUGAUCACAUGAACCUGGAUGACUUCCUUGUCCCUUCGUCGAUAGCGUCGCCCGCUGGUGUCUCCCCAGCCCCAUCUACCACCGCCGCCGAGUUCGACCUCUCCUCAGCCGCGACCUCGGUUUCCGCCAUUCCGAUCAAGACGCAGCAAAGAAUACAAGCAGAAGAGCUAUCGUUAGCGCGAGCAUCGGCACCCUCUGUGCCGCCGAUUGAACACAAGGCAAGCGACGAGUUCUCGUAUGUUCAGAGGCACGUGCGGAAGACAAGCAUCGACGAGCGACGGCCGCCGAAGAGACGAGCAGAAGCGUCGCCGCAGGUCCAUCCGACCACGAACGGUGCGAUGGCCACGAGGGAUCCAGCAGAGGACGCUGCUCUCAACAACUACUCGCUCAACGUACCCAUAUCCCAGCCUCAGGCGCAACAUCCUCACGUGCCAUUCAAUCUCGAUACCUUCAAUCUUGAGAAUGACCCCAUCAUUAACUCGGCUGGACCUCUGCAGCAAUCGUUCGGCUUCUCGCCCAUCGGCUCGCCCAUCAUGAACUCCGGAUUUGCGCAGAUGUACAACAGCAUGCCUCCUCCACAGACCGCCUCCAGCCUCCAGUCGCCGCCAGGAUCUGCAUAUCACUCCACCGUAUCGACACCGCAGCCGAUCCCUGAGGGCGAGCAGAUGUUCUUCGGCUCCCAGCUGCACCCUCACCAGUCGAUGCCGACUUACCACCAACCUGCACCCCAUCUUCCCCAGAGCAUCGCACAGCAACAGCAAUUUGUAUUCAACCCGAACAGCGACUCAAUGUUCAGCGCUAUUUCAGCGAGUGCACCAUCGCAUGGUGGCUUCAACCAGCCAACCUUUCAGAUGCCAGGGCACUUGGACCCAUCCAACGUCAUGGCUAACGACUUCCAACCAUCAAGUAUGCCCAUGUCACGAAACGAAGCGAUGUUCACUUUUGGAGGAGAUUCUGAUGGCGAAGACGAGGAGCGAAUGUCGUUCACCGACUCUAAUAUGAUGAUGCAGCAAAGCUAUUCUCCCAUGGACGAUGCAUCAUUUGACGCUCACGGAAACUACCAAUUCGACAACUCUUUGUCCAACCAAUAUAACCCCAACAGCGAACGAUUUGGAGGACAGCGAAAGGGUAUGCAGAUUGGUCAUGCGGAGAUGAUUCCUUCGCCAGGAUGGGAUCAUGGGGGCCUGGGCAGAGGACAUGGAUCAGCCGCAUCCGUGAGCGACAUUCGAAAUCGAGGCGGUGACCCACGGACACGCAAGAUCCCACGCACGACAUCCACGCCAAAUACCGUCGGCAUGGCUACAGGGAUGUUCUCAAUCCGGACACAGUCAUCCCCGUCAUCUCCCCCAGAGUCUGGUUUCACAUCAGCUGCACCAUCUCGCCCUGGUAGUCCACGCCCUGGCGAGAACAACAGUGGCGUGCCCACGACUUGCACCAACUGCUUUACGCAGACGACACCACUUUGGCGACGUAACCCAGAGGGCCACCCUUUGUGCAAUGCUUGUGGCUUGUUCUUGAAGCUGCAUGGUGUUGUCAGGCCUUUGAGCUUGAAGACUGAUGUGAUCAAGAAGCGAAAUCGAGGGAGCGGGAACACAGUGCCUGUUGGGACAUCUCGAUCCAAGAAAGCCGCGAGCCGCAAGACCUCGGUUGCUCAGGCGAAUACAGGCGCAGCUGGAUCGAAUAAACAGGCUGCAAACGAGUCCGAAUCGCCCAAGUCUGGCACUGGCUCGAGUGCAAACACACCCACGAGCUCUGGGCCUGCUGAGAAGCCUGUCAAGACCGUUGUGCCAAUAGCACCUGGACCUCCCAAACCGACACCACAGCCGCCUGUUCAAGCCCCUACACGUACAGUCGCACCUCGACGUGCAGCCAGGAGACAGAGUCGAGCAAGCAACACCCUCAGCCAAGCCGAUACGGAGAUGGGUGAUGUAGACUCCACUACAUCAAGCAAGAGCCAAGGAAAUGGAAGGCAACCGCAACAACAACCCCUUGCUUCCUCUUUGAAGGGCAACGCACCACCAAUGCACGCCCAAAUGGUCCCUCAGGGUGGCACUCCACAGAUGGGACCUGGACCACAAGGACCACCAGGAUCCAUACCCCCUUCGAUGAUGACAGGACCGCAGGAAUGGGAAUGGCUCACCAUGUCCCUCUGA